CUUCUAUUUACUUAUAAUAAAUAACCACCAUCUUCUUCUUCUCUCUUCACCAUCUUUAAAAACUUAGCUACAUUUUUCUAGUAAAUUAGUAUCAAGAAAAUAAAAAUGAAGCAGCUAGAUACUAAAGACUUAGCUUCUUCCUUACCUGUUCUUCAAAGAUUAGAUCGCCUCGAUCUCCUGCUGCAGGUUCUAGAAGAGAAACAUGGGAUGUCGUCACCAAAAAAUGAGAAAGGAAAAGAAGAAAACUCAGAGUACUGCAGGAGUACUCUGAGUCUAUCUACUGCACUUGAAGAAGUUCAUCACAAAGGCACUCUUGUUGAUCGACUCACUGCACUCGAGAAUCGAGUUUUAAAGUUGCAGCUAAGCUUAGAAAUAGAAGAAGGGAACACUUCAAGGUCGAGUUCAUCAAAGUCAAGAAAUCAUGACAACGAAGACGAAAAGGUCAAUCUCAAACAGGAAGAAGCAUUAAAAGCAUGUUUAUGUAGUGAGAAAACAGAUAAAGUUGUUGGUAAUGCUAAAAUGACAAAGAAAAAAUGGCGCAUUGGCAGCUGGCUUCGAUUGGGAUGUAAUUAAAUUUUGAAAAUUAUGUAUGUAAUUUAAUUAUAUUUCUAGUACUUGCAAUUUGUACUUGUUUAAGCUUCAAGUCGAUUGAUUGCUUAUGAUUUUAUCAUCCGUCA